AUCUGCAAGGCUAGUACAGUCACUGUGGUAAUCAUGAGCAGAAAUGUGGACAGGCUACAUACACAACACUCACCCAGGAUGUCAACUUCAUCAUCACUUGUUUACUUACAGUGAGCAUUACACAGUGGAAGUCCCUGCCUCUCUGUGGCUGGGGGUCCUUGCUGUUUUUCAUGAAUGCAUGAAGUCAGGUUCAUUCUACCAUCUAGACUGAGAAGAGUUUCAUCCCUGAGAGCAGCUUGAGCAAAUGAAAUCUACUACUUCACCAUUGGAAAAUUUCCCUUGAAGCUGGAUUGUUUCUAGGUGAAACACCCAUGUUUUCUACAGAAUGAAGCAACAAGACCAAACAACCGUAGGAUCUUUUAAAUGAACUACUGCAAUGCUUUGACUAAGGUUGUGUGAUGAUGCAGAUGGAUGGACAGCAACACAUGAAGCUCAUCUAACACCAAGUGUCAGUCUGGUUUUGGACUGGCUGAGCUGUGACCAUUGCCAUGCCUGACAUGCAGACCUUUUACCAGCCCUGCCACACCAUCCGUCACCCCCCAGGUCUCUACCUGGACCCCUCCCUGAUGCAGCGACGUGUCCUGGAAGAUCAAGUGGAACUGUGGUGGUUCAGAGAGCCACGCCGCUCCCUGUUGUGCUACUGUGCCUCUGUGACCCUCAUACUGAUGCUGGGCCUCGGUGGCGUGGGCCUCCUCUCCACCACCACCAGCCUGUCCGGGGAGUGGCGCCUCGGGGUGGGCACCAUGCUCUGCCUCUUAGCCCUGGCUGUUCUGCUCAAGCAGCUCCUCAGCUCCGCCAUCCAGGAUAUGAACUGUGUACGAAGCUGGCGUCGGAUCGACCAGCUGAAGAGCGGCGGGAGGGCUGACCCGGCACUGAUGUUAGCUGUGGGACUGGCAGUGAUGCUUUGUGGGACGGUGCUUCUCUGUGUGGCCACCAUCGGUAGCCAAGCUCAUGACAGCAAGGAGAUGUUGGUGUCUGGCCUGGUGCUGAUGGCUGCUGGGGCGGGAAUGGUUCUAGCUGUAGUGGGCUACAGUGUGCUCAUCUACCUUAAAAGAAGAAGGGAGCAGAGGAGGAGGAUGAUGAUGAUGAGAAUGAGCAGAGUUAGGAGGCUCGGAAGUCGAACUGUCAGGGUGUUCAAUGUCUCGGGAGGACAGAUGAGCCAGGCCAGGAGUGGGACAUUGUCCAGCAGGACCAGCCUGAUCUGAAUGGACUAAAUGGGCAAAAUCACAAACGGAUCAAAGACUCCUUGAAAGCAAAUAUUAGAAUAAUUUAUCUAGCACAUGUACAAAAAGGAAAACAUUUGAGGAGAGCAGUAACCCUUUUGUUCCCAUUCGCAUAACUAUGCCGUCUGUUGAACAUCAUCAAAAUAUCUGCAAAUAGUUUGUAAAAGAACAACAGACUGCUGCACCGCAUGCUUUUACCAAAGGCUCAGUAAUAUGAUGACUGUCUGAAUACACCACUUUGAUACAUCUGAGUAAUUAUGGUUGAAAAUAAAGACUCGGUAAGUGUUCACAUCAAAUCAAAACAUCAUUGUGUUGGAUAUCUUUUCUCUGUAUUCAUUAUGUUUCUGUUUUCUACCACCUACUCAAAUAACAAUGUUGGCAAAGU